CGUUUUAGGGCAACAGUUAAAAGCCCUGGCUAUGGCGCGAUUGUUGACGAUUUUACUGCUUGUGGCGCUGGCCGUGGAUCGCGGCUUUGCUUCUAAGCGGCGGGCUAUCACGGACGACGAGAUUUUGGCCAAAAAAAAAGAGUGUCUCCAAGACAUUAACAGUGGACUCUGGGGCUGGAAGUGCCAAUCCAGCAGCAUCGCCAAGCAAAAUUGCAUGCUCCAAUGCGUUUCGUGGACUUGCUACGAUCUAAUCUAUGGAAACGAUGCCCUCGAGGAGGGCGAGGUGGACAUUAGAAGAGGUCGCCAAUUCAGGGAAUGCUUGCGGAGGGAGUCAAAAGGGGACGACGUCUCCUCUCUGGGACGCAGCUUCUUUGACGAUUGAAGCUCGAGAUCGCUCUAGUGGUUUGACCAAGGAGGAGGAAUCUUCUAGCGAAUCAACGUGCUUUAGGGGGGUGCCCUUGCUUGUGCAUGUGUAGAUUCCUCCCAUCGUUUAUAAAAUGGCCUCGUAUGUGUCGGGACAGUGGAUUGAGCUCGUGACCUCACCCAUCGCCGGGUAAAAAUAAACCACCACGAGUUAAAAAGCUUU